UAUUUUUUCUCUUACUUGUUAAUUUAACAGAAAAAUAAUUUUAAAGAACAUAAUAAAUUUUAAAGAUGGUAUUUGAUGGUUUGAGAAAAAGUUUACGUAAUACAUUUCGAAGGAAGUCAAAGAAAGGUGGAGCACCAUAUUCUGUUGAUGGCAAGAAGUUAUUACCAUGUAACAUAGCUCUGCUAGAUGGCACAGAUGUUUCUAUCAAUCUACAGAGAGAUGCAUUAGGUAAAGAUUUAUUGAAACGAGUGUAUUUACAUUUGGAUUUGGUAGAGAAAGAUUACUUUGGAUUGCAAUUCAUGGAUGCGAAACAAGUGCCACAUUGGCUUGAUCCAACAAAGAAAGUAAAGAAACAAGUUACUAUUGGACCACCGUACACGCUACAUUUUCGUGUAAAGUUCUAUGCACCAGACCCUCACUUAUUAACAGAGGAACUUACCAGAUAUCAUUUUUUUUCACAAAUAAAACAAGACGUACGUCAGGGAAAGCUUCGUCCUACAAUGAAGCAAUCAAUUGACUUAGGAGCAUUUUCAGUCCAAUCUGAACUUGGAGAUUUUGAUAACACUAUACAUGUUGGAAAUUAUGUGUCUGAAUUCAGACUAGUUCCAGAUCAAAGUACUGAAUUGGAACAUGCUAUAGAAAAGAAGCAUCGACUUGUAUCUGGGAUGAAUCCUGCAGAAUGUGAGGUGAACUAUCUUGCAAUCGCCCGAGGUUUAGAGUAUUAUGGUAUGGAUCGCCAUGUUGUGACCGGUGAAGAUAAUAAAGAAUAUGUAAUUGGUUUAACACCACAUGGUAUUGUUGUUUUAAAGGGAGAUCAAAAGUUGGGUUUUCAUGUGUGGAAAAGCAUCACCAAUAUAACAUUCAAGCAAGCGAGGUUUAUCAUGUGUGCUCGUACAAGCGAGAGCGAGACACAGGAAUAUCGUUACCUGUUGCCAACACCUCAUGCAAGUAAACAUUUAUGGAAGUGUGCAAUCGAGUAUCACACCUUCUUUAGAUUAAUAACAGCCAAGGAACCCCCAGAGAGAAAGUCAAGUCUCUUCAGACGAAAUUCCAGAUUUGGAUACAGUGGACGGACGUUGGCUCAGGCACAAAAAGACAAUGCUGUCAACGGAAGGAAGUCUAUGCUAAUAAAAAGAACGAGAAGUGAAAGAUAUGCACAGAGAUCAACCAUAGGUUAUAUACGAAUUGGUUCUCACGUUUGGGCACGAGCGAUUAAUGGCGAUUAUUAUAAAGGUGAGGUGACAGCUCUCACCGAUAAAGUUCAUAUCAAAUUUGAAAAUGGCGACACCAUAUCUCACGAUCGAUCUGACGAAAAUGCUCUAGUUUUUGAUAUGGACCCUAAUCCGAAUGAACUCAAGAUCGGCACACGUGUGAUUGGUCAUUGGUCAGGACUGUCAGCCUUCCUUCCUGGAAAUAUCACCAAAAUUGAUGGUAAUAAAUACCAUGUGCUCUAUGACGAUGGAGAUCGAGGUACAAAUCGAAUCGAGCAAAUGAGAAUACUGAAGCCUCCAUUGUUUUUCGGUCCUGGUUCAGGUAGAUCAAAACUUCAAAAGAAAUAUUCCAUGAAGACAACAGCACUGAUUGGUUCGACCACAAGUAACAGUAUUUCCGACGACCACAACAAAGUCUCAGUGAGCGCAGACUUAAAUAAACUAAAAAAUAAUCGACGUCAUAUAUCGGAAGGCGAUGAUGAUGUUUUCCCGAAUCGAAGCUCUCCUCGUGGUUCUCCUCGUAGUAGCAAACCACGCAAAACAAAAGGGUCAUCAUCUCCUUCUUUGCCGCAUGCAGACUCCAACUCAAGAGCAGUGAAUCAAAAAUGGAAAGCUGAUUUAAAAGCCAGUGAUCAAAACAACAUUCAAAGAACUCAAAGUGCUUCUACAAAUAACAACAAUGUCGUAAAAGGGCCAACUAGAGCCUUUUCAUUGGACCAAAAAGAGGUAUUGCAAAAUGAUACUCCACCAUUGAACGCAAGAUUCGUGCACAAAUCAAAAACAGGAAACGGCUAUCAAAUUACAGACCUGUGAUACUUAAUGAAUCUGGUCCUGGUAAUAUACGUUCACAGUAACUAUUGAUAAACUGAUGGCACAGUACAGGGUCGAAGGUGUUUUUGCUAACAAGCACUGCGUUGGAUUGCGUGUGCAUUUAGGUAAUGAUGACUAAUCGUCCGGCAAAUAUGCAAACGGAGCGACAUAUUUAACGUUUCAACUCGCGCAUCAUGAUUCGUGAUUUUGAGUAGUUUAUUGUAUAAAGCAAAGAAGUUAUUUAUAUCAAUUUAAAAUUUCAUGUCAUUUUGAAUUUUUACGUAAGCACAGUUUCCGUUGUAUUACACUUUUUUGUUUUUAUUCUUUUGUGAUUGUCAUUGAUGAUACGAGGUUAGCAUCGCUAAGAAAAAUUCCACGACAGAUUUUGAGUGUAAAAUAUAUGAGUUUGGUUUGACACGACUUUUUUUGUAGGUGACCAAUAUCAUAUUAAGUAUUCUAUGGCAAUUUUUGUACGUGUUAGAAAAUCUCGAAAUUUGUUUGUAUUUUAGUUUUCUAACAACAUCUUUAGCUUUGACGGAAAAUGUUAAUUUUUAAUGUUUUACUUUUUUCAAUUUUACGUAUUUUUAUAUUAAUUCACUGGUGUAAUUAUUCUUUUCAACGCACUGUCAAUAAUUAUUCUCACACUUGUAAGAGUUUCACUAAUGUCUACAAAUGUCAAGUUCGGGAGAAAAUUCUGGAAAUAUAUUUAAAUCGGAUUCAUCGUGCUUCGGUUAGUUGCUAUGGUUGCACUUGUGAUUACGUCAUUAUUUUUAUAUUAUAAAUUUUAUGUUUUUAUAUUUUAAUUGUAUGUAAAUUUUAGUGUGUGUAAAAUAAAUAAAUAAAUCAUAAAUAUCAAUUAAAA